GUGAUAAGCUAAAUAGAUACUGUGAUCCUGGUAAACAGACUGAAUUCAUCAUGGCAACAACACCAAGACAACAAAUGACACAACACUGUGUUGAUAAUAUGUCAAAGAUUGAUACACAGAAGGUUAAAGCGCUCAAUCAGUUAAAAACCUUCUGCAGUGAAUUGCGUCAACAGAUCGACAGAAUGGAAAACUCUGUCAAAGAGGAAAUAGACUUGGCAGCGAUCAGAUAUAAAUCAAAACUACAAGAGCAAAUACAACAUCUCAAACAACAAGAAUCCAGCACUGAUGAAACUGUCAAAAAGGAAGCUGACAACACCAAAUCUAUGAAACAACUUUCUAUAGAGCUCUCCCUUGAUAGAUCGAUUCUAAAUAUGAUCAAAGGUUCAGGGAAAGUUCUAUUCAAUGAAUCGGACACAUCAAUUGUUCAGGUUAAAGAAGAGACAAAACAUUUCAAAAGUAUUGAAAUGGGUAGUAGCAUAUUUCAUGCAGUUGGGAAAUUCCAGUUCCAAAGGCAAAACACCAAUGUAAAUAUGCCAAUAAAUGGAACACUUUUGCCAAAUAGUAAUAUCAUAUUUGCUGUUCCAUUUCCUCCAACUGGACAGUUACUGGUAUACACUCCGACAGGGGAACAAAUUGAAGUAGUUCAUCUAAGCUCGUUUCCUCACUCAGUAAUUGCCAUCCAACCAUCUUUAGUGUGCGUUUCAAUUCAAUACAUGAAAUAUGUAGAAUUUCGAAACGUUGAAUCUCUAGAAAUUAUUCGCACGGUAGAAUUACCAGAAGCUGUAUCAGGUCUCGGUCGUAUUGGUGAACACUUAGUUCUCGCUUGUGAAAAUACAGGAAUACUGAUUGUCAAUACAGCUGGCCAGACAAUAAAAACGAUUAAGGCGUCUAUCAAAACAGGGUACAUCGAUAGUAUUGAAGAAAACAUUUUUUAUGUUGAUACAAAACUAGGUAAUUUAUUUUGUUUCAACAGUGAAACUGGUGAUAAAUGUUUUGAGGUAGAUUUCAAAUUCGAAAAUUCAAAUGGAAUCGCAGUUUUACGGGAUAAAACUAUUUUGGUUUCUAUGUUCAGAAUGGGUAAAAAUAAUAUUUCUCGAAUCUCAGCGGACGGUGCUAAACAGGUAAAACAGAACGAGUUCUCUUCAUUGAGCUGGCCAUGUGCAGUGAUAUACAACAGUUCAAUAAGUAAAUUAUUUGUAGUUCAUAGCAAUAAUCAAGUGUCGAUUUAUGAAGAAAAAUAAAAAAAUUUGAUAUUCUGAAUUAUGCAAGAUUACUUCAAAAGAUACAAUAGUAACAGUAUUUUGACUAACUUCAUUAAUAACUUAUAAUCAAAACAAGUCUGAAUCAAAAUUAAAACAGGUAGCAAACUCCCCCCUCCCCCUUCUGACUUCAAUUGAUAUAAUUCCAUAAAUUUUACUCAAAUUCAUAACUUUUAUACAUAUUUUGAUAUGAGCGUCACUGAUGAGUCUUAUGAAGACGAAACACGCGUCUGGCGUACUAAAUUGUAAUCCUGGUACCUUUGAUAACUAUGUUAUGUUUUACCAACACCUUAGUGUAUUUCCAAUGAUUUGAUUACAAAAAUAUAGAUGAAAUAUAUGGUAUGCAACUUCAAUAGACACUCUUUGGUUCUUUUUAAAAAAAUUUAUAUAAAUUAUGACGUUCUUGAACCAAAAUGAUACUGCAAUUGUUUCCAUAUAAUAUUAUAUCUAUAAUGAAGUGAACUGAAAUAUAUUGAAACAGCUGUGAGAAAAUAUUUAAAAUGUUUUCGAAUAUUAUACAGAUUUUAAUUAUUGAAUACCAUAGGCAUAGGAUGAUUUUCUAAUAAAUACAUUUUUAAAAUGUAUUUACUGUUUUCUGAUUGGUUAAAAGUGUUACUUUUAUUUUCAAUGUUGUCAAUUUUUAUGGCGCAUGCCCACUCUGACGUUGUAUAUUCAUACGCCAACAUGUGUGUACUUUGUUAUUAUUGAUAUAGAUAAUAUAAAAAGUUCUUUGAGCCUUAUUCUUGAUACAAAUUUAUUUAUAAUGAAUGGCAAUGAUCUAUUUUGCAUUUAUUGAACUAUAAAAUAAUUUUUGACUCUUCACAUUUUACAUAAUCGACUUCGCGGAUUAUUCAAUGUGAAGAGUCAAAAAUUAUUUUUAUGGUUCAAUUCAUUCAAAAUAAAUAAUAGCCAUUCAUUACAAAAAUAUCAUGGCCGGGUUUAAAUUAACAAACAAAUUUGAUCAUGCCAGGAGGAAAAAGGAUAUUCUGCACCAAAAACGAAUGGAAAAUAUGUUUGUACAAAAUUGAAAAAACCGGAAGGAAUAAAUAAGUUUUUAGCUGUUAAAAAAAGGACUUCAGGAAAGUUUGUAUGUUUUCCAGAUUUUGCAUGUUAUAUGACAAUUUAAAUAACAUUAUAUUUUUAUUUAUUUAUGUUUCCUUUUUAUCUGUAAACAUAUAUACAAAAUUUGUAAGGGUUUCUUGGGACCCAGUGUCUGUACUUUUUCUGUUAGUCGUAGGUUCAACAAAAUUAAGGAAAACAUUAGUAAAAAUGUUGUUUUAGAUACUAUCUUUUAAUUGUAUCAAGAAGCUUUUGGCCAGGUUUGGCCAAAAUUCAGGAUAGUUU